AUGGAUGAUAUCAUUAACAAGGUACUCAACAUUAUAAUUCCUCCCAUAUCCCUCACCUUCUUCCUCUUCCUUCUGCCGCCCUAUCUCUUUCACAAGUUCCUCCUCUCCGCCGUACGAUCUGUUUUUAGUGAGGAUGUGGCUGGAAAAGUCGUCCUCAUCACUGGAGCUUCCUCUGGCAUAGGAGAGCAUAUGGCAUAUGAGUAUGCUAGAAGAGGAGCUUGCCUAGCUCUUGUUGACAGAAGAGAAAACCUGCUCCAAUCUGUGGCUAGCAGAGCCAUGUCCAUUGGCUCCCCAGAUGUUCUCGUAAUCCCUGCAGAUGUUUCAAAGGUGGAAAAUUGUAGGCGCUUUGUCGAUGUAGCAGUGAACCACUUUGGGCGUUUGGAUCACCUAGUCAACAACGCUGGGAUUACUCCAGUCUGCUUGUUUGAAGAGACCACUGAUGUCACUAAAAUAGCACCAGCUAUGGACACAACUUUUGGGGUUCAGUAUAUGGCACCUACUUUGCCAUUCCACACCUUAAAAGGAGCAGAGGGAAGAUUGUGGGGAUUGCUUCCUCUGCCGGAUGGUUGCGGUUCUCUAAUUUCACAUUGGGUUCAGGCUACCAAAUCAGCAGUGAUAAGCUUCUAUGAGACGCUGAGAGUUGAAAUUGGGAGAGAAGUUGGAAUAACAAUUGUGACUCCAGGUUUGGUUGAAUCAGAAAUGACCAAAGGCAAAUUCUUAUCCGAGGAAGGCCAACUGGUUGAAGUAAGCAUAAUGCCAAUACUGCCUGUCAAGGAGGCUGCCAAAUCAAUCGUGGACAGCGCAUGCCGGGGAGAAAUUACUUGA